UAUAAAAAUCCUAUUAGUUCCUAAAUGGAAAUAAGACUGCUUGAACCAGUGUGCGGUGUGCGGAUUCCACGAUGAAGACUGACAGGCAACGGGGGAUUGCUCUAGUCCGAAGUCUCCGCGAUCCAGGCGACUUAGAGUCUGGCCAGUUGUAAUUUGUCACAGUCGGAACCAUCAUGCUGAGGCUCAGCUUGGCGGCUUGGCUUCUCUUUUCGCUGGCCUGGCGCACCACGCCCACCGCUUGUCGCCAGAUCCGUCCCCCCCAGAGCAUCCAGCAGAUGCUGGCCACCCAGCUGCAGAGCUACAUGGAUACCAAGGCCCGUCCCUGCGAGAAUUUCUACCAGUAUGCCUGUGGCAACUGGCAGAUCCAGCAAGAGGAGCAGCACUUUCCGCGCGAAAGGGAGCGGGACAAGGACCGCGAGCGGGAGCGAUAUCAGGAGCAGUUGCUGCCGUCGGGCACUUUGGAGGGGAUUGACAGCAAUCUGAAUCGGCGCUUAGAGCUCCUGUUUAGGCGGACCAACAGCAGCUCCUUCGAGGGAGACUCUAUGCUGCUGGAGCAAAUGCGCUUUUACUACCGCUCCUGCAAACGGCUUAAGCCCUAUAACCUAAAGAAGUAUCUGGUGCUACUGCAACCCUCCAACCUUACCCACUGGCCAUCGGUGGGUCGAGGCUGGCGUCCCGACAGUUUUGACUGGAUAACGACUAUGGGAAGACUGCGGCAGCACGGCCUGAAUGGAGCACUGCUGCGGAUAGAUGUCCUGCCGCGGUGGGACGACUCGCGCUCCUACAGUCUCUACGUAAACAAACCGAGUCGCCAGGAGACGCUGCCCAUGGGGGAGGGAGCCAUAAUCGAGCUUCUGUUGGACAUUGGUCAGACAAAGCGAUCGGCGAACGCUCUGGCCCGCCUGGUGGACGACUUUGAGCACAAGUUGCACCGCUUGCAGGAUUUGGAUGACGACGAGGGACCACGAGAAAUGCAGCUGGGCUACCUGGCCACCUAUCUUCCGCAACUUCGUUGGCUGUCCUUCAUGCGGCAAGUACGCGAUGACGCCGAUCUGGAUCUGCGCUCCACGUUGAUCAUCGAGAACAUACCCUACCUGAGGGCACUGAGCGAACUGGUUGAGGCACAAACGCCGGACACUGUCUGCAGCUAUAUCAUGCUGAAGUGGCUGGCCUUCCUCAAGAGUCAAGGGCCGGCGGAGAUCUCGCGCGGAGAGUGCGUCUCCAGCCUGCGAAGGGCAAUGCCCCUGGCAAGCAGCUGGCUGAUAAGCCAGCGCUUUUUCGAUCCAGAUUCUGAGCCUGAGAUUCGCUCUCUGUUCCGUCGGCUUAAGCGGCGGUUUGGCCAAACCCUGUCCGAGAACCGGCUGCGUCUUUCGCCUCCCCUGGUGCACAUCCUUCAGCAAAAGAUACGCGCAAUGCGCCUGCAACUGGGUUUUGUGCAAUUGGACGAACUGGAGACCGUCGAGCAGCAAUACGCCCAUCUGGAGCUGAGUGACCACAACUUCUAUGGGAACCAGCUGGAGCUUCUGCGUCAGCGUGUGGUGGCCAACUUCGAUCUGCUUGCGCUAAACUCCACAAACUUGACUAACUCAACGCGAGGAGGCGUAAGCUACCUGGCAGAGAGCUGGGAUGCUAGCAACUCAUCGCCUCUGUAUGUGAGGCCUCGCAACCUGGUACUGGUGCCACACGGACUCCUCCAGCUACCCGUGUGGCAUACAAACAUCAGCGCUCUGCAACAGCACGCCGUUAUGGGGUUCGCCCUGGCCCAUGAGCUGGCUCAUGGCUUUGACAUGUCGGGAAUCGACUACGACGACCUCGGCAACAUCAUGGGACCCGUGGAGGAGAUCGGGGCCAGCAAGCAAUUCCGUCAGGGACUCAACUGCAUGCAGCAGCAGAUGGCAACCGGCUCCAAGUGGCUCGACGAGAAACUGGCUGACUUUGCGGCCCUGCGGCUGGCAUAUGAGACGUUCUUCGGUGUGCGGGCAGAUCAGCGGGAGCCGCGCGAUCCCUUAAUUCCCCAGUUUAGCCAGCGCCAGCUGUUCUUCAUCAGCUUUGCCCAGUUCUUCUGCGGACGCACUCCUGUCUCCAGUCUUCGGUCGCAGUCGCAGGCACAUUUGGAGCAUGCCGCCGACGAGCUACGUGUGAUGCAGACACUGGCCAACUUCGAGGAGUUCUCCAGAGAGUUUGGCUGCGAGAAGAAAGCCAAGAUGCAGGCCAGCCACCGGUGUCGGCUCUGGUGA